AUGUUUCUGCGGCCAGUCUCCGGCUGUGUCCGGGGGCUCGUGAAGCCAAUCUAUGGAAGGGCCGGCAAUCUUCAUAGUGUAGGCUUGAGGGACACCUCGUUGGCGCAUCGCGCAGCAGUUCGAACAUUGGUCCAAACAGCGUGCCAACAACGACAGCAGCGACAAGGCCAGGGACCACCAUUCCAGACACAAAUUGCCGAAGAUGCUCCCAACAAAGCUGAGCCCUCGGAGCUUUCAAAGCCAGAGACAUUCGAGAAGCCCAAGUCGAGGGAAGGCGCUACACCGGCGAGCAACAACGAUAUGCUUGCUGAGAAAGUUGUCUCCACGGCUGAGCAGCGAAAGGUCGACAUGGCGAUUAUGAAGGAAAUGGUGCAGUAUCUGUGGCCCAAGGGCGAUUGGGGCACCAAGUUCCGUGUCGGUACCGCGCUGAGCCUGCUGGUUGGAGCAAAGAUUUUGAAUGUCGAGGUGCCUUUCUACUUUAAGAAUAUUGUUGAUUCAAUGAACAUCGACUUCCUCGCGGUAGGCGGAACAGCCUGGACAGUGGCCGGAUCGAUGAUCAUCGCAUACGGCGCCACAAGGAUAGGAGCGACGAUAUUUCAGGAACUACGAAACGCCGUGUUUGCGAGCGUAGCACAGAAAGCGAUCCGCAACGUGGCGCGCAACGUCUUCGAGCACCUCCUGAAGCUUGAUCUCAACUUCCACUUGUCCCGGCAGACUGGUGGUCUCACGAGAGCCCUAGACCGAGGAACCAAGGGCAUCAGCUUCUUGCUAACAUCCAUGCUGUUCCACAUUUUCCCGACCGUGUUGGAGAUAUCCAUGGUCUGUGGAAUUCUUACAUACCAGUAUGGUCUGAAAUUUGCUGCCGUCACGGCGGUGACAAUGGCGGCAUAUUCGGCAUUUACCAUCACAACUACCUCCUGGCGCACAAAAUUCCGCAAGCAAGCCAAUUCGGCCGACAAUCAGGGCGCUACCGUGGCCGUUGACACACUGAUCAAUUACGAGGCGGUCAAGUACUUCAACAAUGAGAAAUUCGAAGUCAAACGUUAUGACCAAGCACUAAAGAAAUACGAACAGUCCUCGAUCAAAGUGACGACAUCACUGGCUUUCCUCAACUCAGGUCAGAAUGUGAUUUUUUCCAGCGCUCUGGCCAUGAUGAUGUUCAUGGCUGCCGACGGGGUGGCGGCGGGACAGCUGACCGUGGGAGAUUUGGUCAUGGUGAACCAGCUGGUUUUCCAAUUGUCUGUUCCGUUGAACUUCCUUGGUUCGGUCUACCGAGAGCUCCGUCAGUCAUUACUUGAUAUGGAGACAUUGUUCAACCUGCAAAAGGUGAACGUGACGGUCAAAGAUGUCAGCAAGCCUCGUCCGCUCGCUCUCACCCGAGGCGGAGAGAUCAGGUUCGAAAACGUCAACUUCGGGUAUCUGCCAGAGCGCCAGAUCCUGAAGAACCUAAGUUUGACAAUCCCUGCGGGCAAGAAAGUUGCCAUCGUUGGUCCAAGUGGGUGUGGCAAAUCCACUCUUCUUCGAUUGCUCUUUCGCUUUUACGAUACACAGGGUGGCAGGAUCACGAUUGAUGGGCAAGAUAUCCGGGAGGUGAGCUUAGACAACCUACGCCAAUCAAUAGGCGUGGUCCCGCAAGACACACCUUUAUUUAACAACACCAUCGAGCACAAUAUUCGAUAUGGACGGAUCGAUGCAACCGAGGAGGAAGUCAAGAAGGCAGCACAGCGAGCCCACAUUGACGGACUCAUUGAGCGACUACCCAAGGGUUGGAACACCAUGGUGGGCGAACGAGGUAUGAUGAUCUCAGGCGGAGAGAAGCAGCGACUUGCAGUGGCCCGGCUCCUGCUCAAAGACCCACCGUUAUUGUUCUUUGACGAAGCUACCUCGGCCCUCGACACGUACACCGAGCAAGCAAUACUCCAAAACAUAAACAGCAUCUUGAAAGAGAAGGGCCGCACGAGUGUAUUUGUGGCACACCGGCUCCGGACCAUCUUUGACAGCGACAUCAUCUUUGUGCUGAAAGACGGGCAAGUGGAAGAGCAAGGCACGCAUGGUGAGCUUUUGGAAAAGAACGGUCUUUACGCAGACCUGUGGGCAGCGCAAGAAGUGUCUCUCGGACAAGACAUGGGUCUGGAGAAGGAAAUUGAGGAAGGUCGAGAUGAUGCCGAGGAAGGAGAGUCGAGACAGUAA